CUUCUAUCCAUCUCCACACAAGAGCGCGCCAUGUGUGCACAGGUGCUGCCGUGCUUGCUCGCCUCCUUGUCCUUGUAUCCUGGGAGAAUCUACACCCAGCUCAGUCAGGAUAGGAGAACAAUCUAAAUAAGCACAUCGGAGCUGUGCCUGCUGAAGCUUGGCGCUCUUCUGUACACCUGGAUCCGCUCCAUGUCUGCGUGGCUCCGCGAACAUAUGCCUAAUCAG